AUGGCGGGAGUAAAGAAGAAUAGAUCACCCAGGAAACCUACGAAACUACUUCAGUCCAGGCUAAAGUUUGCGCAUAGUUCUGCCACGCUUAAGAAAUGCACAGAGUGUCAGAUGUCAUACAUCAUCGAUUCCCCUGCAGACUGCGCGGAGCAUAAGAAGUACCAUGAUCUGCACUUGUACGGUAAAAAGUGGCUUGCAUCGUGGGGGACAGCCAUACAAGACACUUGUAGCAGCCAGUACAUCACUCCGCCCUCGACCUCUGGGGGGAACGCCAGCGGUAACGGGGCGAAAGCGGACCGAGAGGAUUACAUCGUAUACAUCACUCCUGGCAAGACUGCGGAGGUGAAAGCGAUGAUGGAGAUCAUGUACAUAGUUAAUAAUGAGCUCACAGCUCCGCACGAUGAGAAUGACUUUUGGUCUGAGGAAGGAACAAGCAGCAUGGGGAGAGCCUUUGUCUAUAUUAAAGAUGGUAGGGCAGUAGGCGCGAUCACGGUCGAAUACUUGAAGGAGGAUGACAGCCGUGGCCGAUGGAUGCGUGUCAGUACGCGAGAGCUUGUGCCGGAAGUUGUGCCUAGAGUUCGGUUAGGGAUCUCUCGUAUUUGGGUCUGUAGGAAGCAGAGGGGGCAGGGCAUCGCAACCAGACUACUCGAAUGUGUACGUAAAUAUGCCAUUCUGGGCAAUGAAGUGGCGCGCUGGGAAAUGGCCUGGUCGCAGCCGAGUGAGAGUGGUGGGAAGUUAGCCACACGCUAUAACAGCGUGAGGCAUAAAAGUGGUGAAUUACUGAUACCGUGCUAUAUAUAA